AAAGUCGACGUUCAUUUCAAUUUCGCAUCUACACUGAUAAGUCUAUCGGUAAAAGGAUGUCGUCUUAAAAGAAAAAUUGGACAGUGAAAUAAACGGAAAUACAGUUCUGUUGCGAAAGCGGUUUAUUUGAGCGAAGUGACAUCCUAAUAAAUUUUUGGUUACGGUGUGCCGUAUUUAAUAUCAGCAAAAAUACCGUUCGACACACAGUUCAUAGUCGACAGGUAGUUCAUAGAUCCGUUCAAUAGGAAAUCGCAAACAUGGUGCUGAACGAAAGGAAUAACGAAAAUAACGUACGCAACGGGAAGAGAUCGCGUGGACCGAGCCCCAACGGUCAUGGUGGUUCACCUGAUUCCAGUUCAGACGAUGAUUCGACAAAGAAAAUCGGCAAAACAAAGACGAAAAGCGAAUACGAAGAAAAAAUUCGUGUUGGUAAAGACUAUCAAGUCGUUUGUCCAGAACUAAUCCCGAUCACUGACAGAAAACCGGAAACACUGACCGAUCGUGCACUGCUAGUGUGGUCGCCCACCACAGACAUACCAGAAAGUAAAUUGGAAGAAUACAUUUCCGUGGCAAAGGAAAAAUAUGGCUACAACGGUGAACAGGCGCUCGGCAUGCUAUUCUGGCACAAACACGAUCUGGAACGGGCCGUGUUAGAUUUAGCUAAUUUCACACCAUUUCCGGACGAAUGGACUGUCGAAGACAAAGUUUUAUUCGAGCAAGCAUUUCAAUUUCACGGCAAAAGUUUUCAUCGAAUCAGACAGAUGCUGCCCGACAAGCCCAUUCCCAGUCUAGUCAAAUAUUACUACUCCUGGAAAAAAACGCGUAGCCGUACGUCAGUAAUGGAUAGACAGGAGAAGAUUAAAGCGAAAGAGGGAUCAGAGAAUGGAAGCGAAAACGGCAGUAACGAAGAAUCGGACACCGAAGAAAAGAAAUGGCCACUGCAUAGAGGUAUUCGAAGAACAAGUGGAUCGCCACCACGAGGUUCAAAUGAUGAUCAUAAUAAUUCAUCAACGCCCACAAAUCAGACAUCCGCAACUACUGCAACCAAUGGCACAUCGACCAAAGAUGACAUCAACAUGACAAAAUCCGAGAAAUAUUGUUCUCGAUGCGGUGUCGCAUGCAAUUAUACCAAUCUUUCAGUGCACGGCGAACUAUGCAACAGUUGCUUCCAUCAUUGGAGACGUACUGGCGCCCAACGACCUAUAACCGGUCCAACCUUUGCGAAACGUGGCCGUGGUGUUGAACGCCAUAAGCGUAAGCCUCCGCGUGGAAUGCAUAUCAAUCACGACGAUAUUGUUGCCCUAGCCAGUUCCGAUCAGUCCGACCAAGGUAGUGUCAAUUUGUUGGCAUCGAUGGAUCGUGAGUUGAACACCUUACUAAGUCAAAUUCAAAUGAAGAAGCAGCUCGCUAGCGCUCUGAAAGCGAACACCGAAGAGGAUAAUAAAGAACUGAUACCGCCCGAGACGAUGAAUCGGUUGAGUUCUCGCUGGAACAACGAAGAAUUUAAUUUGGCCAUAGUCGGGAUCCGGAAAUAUGGCAAACAGUACGGAGCAAUUGCCGAUAUAAUUGGCUCGAAGACCGAGGCACAAGUUCGUACAUUCUUUGUGAACUAUCGUAAGAAGCAUAAUCUGGACGGACUGGUUAAGGAGUACGAGGCGCAGCUGAAACUGAACGAACAGAAAGACUUGGACGCUAGUGACAUUAAGCAGCAUGAGCCGGAAAUAAUGGAAAUCGACGCCGAUGAAGAGAAUACGAACACCAAAGAUGAUGACGAUGUCGAGGAAGUAUCACAGCCGAUACUCAAAGCGUUAAAUGAUAAUUGAUUUGUCCAAUGGAAAAUUCCCAUCCCGAACAUGAGUAUGGGAUCGGCAUUUAUGAUUUUAUAUGUUUUAUCGUUGCGUGCAAAAUGACUAUCGCUUUCAGUUAAAAAAAAAGAAAUGGAUCACACAAAAAGAAAUCGAUUUAAAUUAUACAAAAAGCAAAUUUUCGAACAAAAUCUGAACUGAGUAUACUGAGACAACCAUAUAUGGUCGAAGUUUUAGUUUUAGUCGCACUUUGAAGCACUUUUUGUCGUUUAAAUUUGCUUUCGUUCCACACGUUAAAUUUAAUCCAAAUAAAUUAAAGAUUUUCGAAUCGGAA